AAAGAAGUUCAUCGACAAAAAGAACGCAGUCACCUUCCACCUUGUCCACAGAAGUCAACAAGACCCCUUACAGCAGACGAAACAGCCCCACAAAGAGUCUUACUACCAGUCAGCAAUACAACCCAACAGAAAACCAAACAAGCCAAAGAAGAGGAACAUAAAUUUGGCAUAUUCUUUGAUGAUGAUUACAACUACUUACAACAUUUAAAAGAAAGCAAUCAUGUUGUGGAAUGGGUACCUACAGAACCCAGCAACAAAGAUGGCAAGAAAAAGGAAAAAGAUAAACUAACAUUGCCAAGUUCAGUAUUUGCAUCAACAGUUGAAGAAGAUGUAGGUUUACUGAACAAGGCAGCACCUUCUGGUCUUAGAUUAGACUUAGAUCCUGAUAUUAUAGCUGCUAUGGAUGAAGAUUUCAAUUAUGAUGACCCUGACAAUGAACUAGAAGAUGAUUUUAUGAAUUUAGCUAAUGCUGAAUGUUCUGAUGAAGAAGAUGACUACUAUGAUGAUGAUGAAGAGGAUGGUAGAAGUGAUGUCAGUUCAAAUUUUGAAGAUGAAGCAAUGGAUGAAGUUGGUUCUCUUGAUGGGGGCCAAUUUACAUUCAAGGAUGAAGAAACAAAAUCACGAUUCACAGAUUAUUCAAUGUCUAGUUCAGAUAUUAAACGAAAUGAUCAAUUAACGCUUCUGGAUGAAAGGUUCGAGCAGAUGUUUGCAAAAUAUGAUGAUACCGAGAUCGGUCCACUUGAUUGCGACGAAAUUGCCGGCUACGUGCCGGAAAAUUCCGAUUUGUUAUUGCAAUACGCAGCGGAAUUUGAACGCGAUCAACAACGCUCGAAACUUGAUAAAGAAGUCAUCAAAAAUUGCGUUAUCAACCAAGAGCAGGAUUCGGAUGAUUCCAAUGACGAGUUUGACAAGGUUGAAGUUAAACCAAAAGAGAAAUGGGAUUGUGAAAGUAUCCUAUCGACAUAUUCCAAUUUGUAUAACCAUCCGAAAGUUAUAUCUGAACCAAAGUCUAAUAAAAUCAAAUUAAACAGCCGUGGAAUUCCAGUCAUCGAGUCAAAUCGUCUGACGGCGCGAGCAUUGAAGAAUUUAGAUGAUUCAACGUCAGGGAGAAAUGCAGGAGCGAAGUCGGUUGGAGCGCAGAGCGUUUUAUCAACUUUGUCGACGCUGUCAAUUAGACCAAAGGGAGAAACUCCCGAAGAAAGAAAUAUCAGAAAGAAAGAACUCAAAGAUUACAGAAAAGAGAGAAGAAUUGAAAAGAAAGCCAAUGCGGAGGCAUUCAAGGAAGAAGCCAAGAGACAAGUUAAGAUAAACAUUAACAACAGAAUGAAUAUUCAAGGCAAUCGUAUCUUAUAACGAGUCAUAAUUAAUUUUAUGUUAAAUAAAAUAUCCGAGCGGAAUAAUCCGCUUAAUUUGCAAAUAA